AUGACUGGCGGAUACGCACCCAAGCACGGAAGCUGGCAGCAGGGUUGGGGUGGUCACAGUAAGCUAUUCCUCCUUCACUUCGAGUCGAUCGACCCAUCUACAAUUCAUGCGAUAAAACCUCCCGUUACCCUUCCUCCGCGAUCCCGAGUGGAGAUGUCGUGCCUGGAUCUCGAUCGCCUCGCCAACCACCAUCCACAUCUUGCCCGCGCUGAAAAGGGCGUUACCACCUACACCCUCUCUCCUAACCGCCAGCGCCUCUUCCCUAACUUCUGGCACACCGCCAUCUUCAACACUUUCCGCCGAUUCCGUCACCAAGUCCUCUACGUCGCCCCUCCAUUCAUCGUGGCGUACUCAUUGAUGGACUGGGCCGUUGAGCGCAACGAAUACUUAAACUCCAAAGCCGGUCGUGCCGAAGCUGGCGACGAGUAA